AUGGCUUUUAAUGGUAGUCAUGGUAUUUUUCUGAGCCUUGCUCUCCUCCUCGCUAUCAUGGCUGCUACUCCAUAUGUGGGAAAAGGUGAAAUUUCAGUAACUCCCGCUGCCUUGUUUGUAACUGGCAAGUUAUACUGUACUCCUACAGGGAACCCUUCACCAAUCGGUAAUUCACCACCCCUGGUUAAUGCAACCGUGAUUAUAACCUGUCCCAACAUCACUAGGGUUCCUGUUCGAACUGAUGUUAAUGGAUUCUUCAAUGGCACCAUUGUUACUCCGCUCGGUGUUAAACUUAACAUUAACCUCAGCAUCACUUCAAUCAUUUCCGUCUGCCAGGUGUCUGUCCCACUUCCCGUUCGGAGUUGCCCAGUUUUACCAGUCAGGGGAGUGCUCAGGGGGGUUCUUACGCCUGUUGGUUUCUUGCUCGUUAAUGUCCUGAGUGGUGUCUUAGGUAUUCUUGGAGGACUUGUGAACGGUGUUGGAGGACUCGUUAUCACUGCUGUGGCGGACACAUUUGGUUUCGUUUAG